CAGCCUCCAAAGGAAUUCAAAGUCUGGAAGUCCAACUAUGUGCCGCCCCCGGAGACCUACAGUACUGAGAAGAAGCCGCCGCCGCCCGAGCUGGACAUGGCGAUAAAGUGGUCGAACAUCUAUGAGGACAAUGGUGAUGAUGCCCCCCAGAAUGCUAAGAAAGCCCGGCUUCUGCCCGAAGGGGAGGAGACGGUGGAAUCAGAUGAUGACAAAGAUGAGCGUGCAUCUAAGACGCGAAGAGUGGAGCCAGGAGAAGCAGCCAAGAAGAAGAAGUAGAGGAGUGGGGCCAGAUCCCCAGGGCUGCAGAGCUCUGGGGAUAGAUGUGUCCUUGGGUGGAGGUUGGCUGUUGUGCAUUAUUAUGAGAAAGUAUUUAUGUUAAUGAACUAACAGUAUCGCCUCAAGACUUUCCACUGUAGAAUUCUUUCUUAUUUAAAACCUGUAUGUAUUUACAACUCUAAUGGUGACCUGUGAUUGUGAACUGACAGUACUUGGAAGCAUUCUGGCUAUCACAGAAUUGGUGACAGGCUUUGAGAGUUUUGUCACAUGGACAUGCCAGUGCUCUUUGAACCUUUUAUAAAGGAAUAUAUUUUUAAAGUAAAUAUAUUGUAAUGUACUGUGAACUUGUGGGUGCUUUUCAUUAGUGUCUGUACAGUGUAAAUAGCUGAUCAUGGAAAUAAAAUAACUUACGUCAACAUUGCUAUUAUUGGAUGCCACUAACGAGUAUUUGUGACAGGCAGCCCAUUGGCCCUGUGACUUUUUAAUUCUCAGUAGGGAUUAGCAUGUAGGGAGAGCGUCCCAUGUUUAGGUGCCUUGUACAUACUUCUCUCCAGUGGUCCUGUAAAGUAGACGUCAUACGCUCCGGUUCCAAUGAAGAGAGCUUGAGGCCGCUCUCAGGGCUGCACAGUGAGUGAGUGAAGACUGGCAGAUUCACUCAGGACUCUGCUCCAGAGUCAGAUUAAACUACCUGACUUUUCAUCAGACUUUAUCAAUUCCAAGAAAAUGAUCAUCUCUUCCAUGUCCAUUGCUGUUGUUGUGGAGGUCUCGUCCUGUCCUGAUUAUUCAGCUGCACUUACCAUAUAUGCCUUAGAGUGUGAUGAUUUGUUCAUUUCCUCAUUAAAUAUGCUGGAGAUAAGGCUCUUGACAGCAAAGAAGAGCAUAAGGUAUCACUUAAAGUUGAGUGUGUUGAGUAUAUGUGAUAUAAGAGACACAUUAAAAUUCAUCUGAAUUUUUAAUUUAA